AUGGCCUCUACAACAUCGGAAAGCUAUAUUCAUCGAGUCAAGAUCCUCAAUUUACCAGCUCAUGAAUUAGGACCUAUUAAAAAAUUCUUGCAGCAACUCGAUCUCCAUCAUCGAUUUAAAAAGGCUCCCAAGUGGGAUUAUGCCUAUCUUCACUGCGAGUCAGAAGCAGCAGCCCGAGCAGCAAUCGCCAAACUCGAUGGAAUACACUAUAAAAAGCGCGCAUUAUCCACCGAGUAUUCUAAAGUCGAUGAGAUGGCAUUUCGAUCUCGUUUUGAAUCAAAAAAGAAGCAAGAUGUUGAGCCAGAGACUCGUACACCAGCAGAAAGAUUAGCAGAUCAAGUAACACCUUUAUACAACAUCCCUUAUGAGGAACAAGUGGCAAAGAAGCAUAAACUAGGUCAGCGUUAUCUAAACUUACUCAGAAAGAAAUUAAGUACACUGCCUGAUAUGAACCAAGAAGGAAAGCAACAGAUAGCAUGGACAAAGGAUAGGACGAUAGAGAUUCAAGACACUAUUCAAUCACCUAUUGUGAAUGGCUAUAGAACCAAAUGCGAGUUUACUAUUGGGAAAGAUUUGGAUAGUGAUAAGACAGUAGGCUUCCUGUUGGGACUGUAUAGAGAUGGACAUACAGCUGUACUAGGUCCAGAAGAGUGUCUACAUGUGCCUGAUAUAGCUAAACAAAUAGCCAAAGCUAUGGAAGACUAUAUACAACAAUCAGACUAUGAUGUUUAUGAUCGAGUAGAUAAAGUGGGUGUAUGGAGAUCUAUUAUGACAAAGACACAGAGAACAGGCGAUGUGAUGAUUUUGAUACAGAUCAAGACAGACAGUCUAACUCAAGAGCAAAUAGAAAUAGAAAAGCAUAACUUGAUUGCUUAUUGGAACCAGCAAAAGCAUAUCAAACCAACCACACUCUUACUUCAGACCUGGAAUGGGGAUUCGAAUGGUAUUACAGACAAAGGCACUACUGAAGUAUUGAUAGGUGAUGGCUAUGUCUAUGAGGAGAUUCUUGGCUGUCGAUUUAGAAUAUCAAGCAGUGCUUUCUUUCAGGUCAAUACACCUGCAACAGAACUGUUGUAUGCCAAAUGUGCAGAAUGGUGUAAUAUUGAUCAAAAUAAAAAGACAACCUUGUUAGACUUGUGUUGUGGUACAGGUACCAUUGGUAUUACCAUGGCUAAAUCAGUAGACAGAGUCAUUGGUAUUGAAAUGAUUCCUGAAGCCAUUGUAGAUGCCAAUGCCAAUGCUAAAAUGAACAAUAUUACCAAUAUUCAAUAUCAUGCAAGCAAAGUAGAAGAAAAGAUUGAUAUUGUAACCAAUGAAAAGAAUGAACAAGUAGUAGCCAUUUUGGAUCCACCUAGAAGUGGUGUUCAUACUUCAGUUAUUCGUGCUGUUAGAGAAUCAGAGCAAAUCCAAAAAGUGAUUUUCAUUAGCUGUGAUGCCAAACAAGCCAUGCAAAACUUUAUUGGACCUACUUCUAACCGGUUCAAGGGACUUCCUUUCAAGCCUUCCCGAGCUGUUUCUAUUGACUUAUUUCCACACACAGACCAUUGUGAGCUUAUGAUUGAAUUUGUUCGCAUUCAAUAA